ACUCCCGCCCAUACCGAAUCCAUGGGACACAUCGUAGGGCGGGCGGCAGGGCUUAGUGUCUGUUAAGCAGGUUACAUUGAGGUGGAUCUGGCAGCAUGCCGGGGUGGGCAGUUCAACCUCGAACUCCUGUCCUCUGGCCAAUCGCAUCCAACAUUGCAUACUGACGGACCUGGCUCCAAGCAGUCCGGCGACUUUCAGAGAAGGUGGCAUACCUUGGAGGAACGGUAUUGCCUCUGAUAUAAAGUUGACUUGACAGACGAGGGGAGGGGAUCGUCUCAGUUCUUUCAAGGGCCAAGCCAUUCUUUUCUGACCACAGUCUCCCUGUUCCAACAUCCAGACCAGACGCUCUUUCAGUCACCAUAUAUCCCCACGGCAUCCCACACCUCGAAGUAGUCGAAGACCAAGGUUCUCGUGCUUGCCGUCGCAUCUGCCACUCAUUCAGUCGACGAACAGUCUGUCAAAGCUCUAUCAACUACUCAACUAUAUCCCUCCUUCUAUACAUCGACUUCUGUCACCAACAAAGCAUCCACGCAAUGCGCUCUUCAAUCCUUUACCUCGCCCUGGCCGGCGUCGCCAGCAUCGCGCAAGCCAACCCAAUCAUCAAACCAGACGCCCAAGUCGACCCCAAAGGCCUCAUCACCCGCAGCCUCUCCCACCUCCUCUUCUCCCGCUCCGAACCAACACGCUCCGAGCCACCCCCAACAAAGAGACAAGCAACGCCGCCUCCCCCUCUGACGAGCAACCCAGCCGCCGCCCCGCCCGGCGGCGGCGGCGCAGUCAACAACGCCAACCGCACCGUCACCCUGACCGUGAUCCAAGGCGACACCCUCGGCCAGAUCGCGCGCCUGCUCAACUCGGGCAUUUGCAACAUCGCCAAGCUCAACAAUAUCCCCAACCCGGAUUUUAUCGAGAUCGGACAGGUUCUGCAAGUGCCAAUCAACGUCGCCAACCCGGACAACGACUCGUGCCUCAACCGCGGCGGCGCGAUCCCGGCCCCGGGACAGAAUGCUACUGCUCCCGGUACGCCUCCAGCGGGUGGCAAGGGGAAGGGGAAGGGGAAGAAGGUUAAGCGGAGCGGGACCCUGUUUUCCGAGAAGAGCCCCCGGGCGCCUCUGCACUAA